AUGUGGAAAAACGGUACAAAGACUCAGAUUGACAACUGUAAUGACUAUAUAGUUUCCGCUCCAUCAAACUUGGGUUCUUUCCGGAACUAUUGCCACACGUUUACAACAAAUCAAACUCUCAAGUACGCUCACCCUUAUGAGUCUGAAGAUGGCGUGUCAAAAAUCGGCAUUUAUCUCCAAAUUCCAAAUGUAACCGCCGCGGAACAGAGUGCUAUCGGGAUAGCUGCUCUCAAUAUGCUGCUAACGACACCUACGUUCAAUCCGCUAACACAUCCGGAAGAAGUUAUUAAUCAAAUGGACGAAGACGUCAAAUCGGAAAUGACGCUCGAAUGGAAUUUUCUUGCAGGCAUGGUGGACUACGCUGCAGUGAUUAAAUUCAGAAUAAACGAAUACAGGGCCAUCCUGCCGAGGGACAUUUCCGCUAUUAUAGGAUUUGGAGCAAAUUAUCAUGUUACUCCGAUAAUAGAUAACACUGUGACAUACUUUCCAUUCAACACAAAUCCAUAUGGUUUAGCGAAUGGAACAAAUGUAUAUUUCUCUGUAGCGGCUGGAAGUUUUGUCCAGACACAAGAAACGGAAGAACGAACAAUUACCAUUCUCAGUGCUAUUGCAUCUGCUGGCGGUGCAUUUGGCAUAAUCGGAGGUGCUUAUGUAUUGUUUUUUGGUCAAGCGCGUAUGGAUGCAUGGGGUAUUGCACACAAAUUCUCGAGAGAACCAGCAGAGCUUGUAGGCGCGUCACUCUUUCGCUCUCCUUCUCAAGACAAUGUUUUCAACAAUGAUAAUUCUCAAGCCGACCUUAAUUUGCAAAUAAAGCAACUUGGUAACGACAUCUCCGAACUUAAGGAAGUAAUUCGGUGCUAUGUGCUAGAUACAUCCUAUUUGGAAGAAGGACCAUCACUUCUCGAAUCGGGAGUCGUACAAGCGGCGAAAGCCAAGAAACGAUCCCCGGGUCUGGCUAAGAUGGCCAAGUCGGUUAAAAUGGCAAAAAUGGCCAAGAGGGCUAAGGCUGUUACUAGAGACAGUGAGGUCCGCAGUAAACUCCCUUAUAGGGGUCGGUUGGAGACCUUUUCUGCUCAAAAUGGCGAAUUAUAUGGUCCGGCGGCCUUUUCUCGCGAAGUGACCUUUUUCUACGCUCAGGCUCAAAAGGCCUUGCUAGAUAAUUGA